GCAGUCGGACGGCCCAAAGGGAAGCUGGGCACUGCUUCUGCGGUGAAGCUCGCAGCUAAUCGGACAACGGCUGGAGCACGUCGGAGGAGGACGCGAUGCCGCAAGUGCGAGGCGUGUCUGCGGACAGAGUGCGGCGAGUGUCACUUCUGCAAAGACAUGAAGAAAUUUGGGGGACCUGGCAGGAUGAAACAGUCCUGCAUUAUGAGGCAGUGUAUCGCACCGGUGUUGCCUCAUACUGCUGUGUGUCUGGUGUGCGGAGAAGCUGGGAAGGAGGACACUGUUGAAGAGGAGGAGAGCAAGUUUAAUCUCAUGCUAAUGGAAUGCUCCAUUUGUAAUGAAAUCAUACACCCAGGAUGCCUUAAGGUGAAGGAAUCGGAUGGUGUGGUGAAUGACGAGCUGCCGAACUGCUGGGAGUGUCCAAAGUGCAACCAUGCAGGGAAAACAGGAAAACAAAAGCGGGGACCAGGAUUCAAAUACGCAUCAAAUCUCCCAGGCUCAUUGCUGAAGGAACAGAAGAUGAACAGAGACAACAAGGAAGUAACGGAUGCUGCGAAACGGAAAGGGGACUGUGAAGAAAGUCCCAGGCGGAAAUCGGAGGAACAUUCCAAAAAGGCUCAAGUUGACCCAAUACUGAGGAGAAAGUCAGACGAGGUGCAUCUCUGGAGGAAAAGGAAAUUUGAGAAACCCCAGGAACCCACUCUGAGAAAGCGGCUAAAACUUGGAAAAGAAGAGAAUCUCUUCAGGAAGAAGCGGCGAUCGUGGAAGGCUCCAGAUGACCGGACGGCCAUGAUCAAACCCCUGCGGCGUCUCAAGCAGGAGCCAGAGGAUGACCUGCCAGAAGCACCUCCCAGGUCCAAGGACAGCGACCAGUCACGGUCCAGCUCGCCCACUGCAGGUCCCAGCACGGAGGGCGCCGAGCCCAGGGACAAGAAGAAGUUCAAGAUGAGACGGAAAAGGCGGCUCCCCAAUAAAGAACUGAGCAAGGAGCUCAGCAAGGAGCUCAACCAGGAGAUCCAAAAAACCGAGAACAGCCUUGCCAAUGAGAAUCACCAACCCAUCAAAUCUGAACCUGAGAGCGAGAACGAGGAACCCAAACGUGCUUUGAACAACAGCGAGAGACUCCAUAGGUUCAGCAAAGGGUUAAACGGGACUCCCCGGGACCUGAGGCACCAGCUCAUCCCCAGCCUGCGGAGCACACCUCGGGGAAUAACCCGGCCACCACCUUCGCUCUCUCCUCCCAAAUGCAUCCAGAUGGAACGGCACGUUAUCCGGCCGCCUCCCAUCAGCCCCCCUCCGGACUCGCUCCCCCUGGAUGAUGGGGCGGCCCACGUGAUGCAGAGGGAAGUCUGGAUGGCUGUCUUUAGCUACCUCAGUCAUAGGGACUUGUGCAUCUGUAUGAGAGUUUGCAAGACCUGGAACAGAUGGUGCUGUGACAAAAGAUUAUGGACCAAAAUAGAUCUAAACCAUUGUAAAUCCAUCACUCCACUUAUGCUCAGCGGCAUUAUUCGGAGACAGCCUGUAACCCUCGAUCUUAGCUGGACGAAUAUAUCCAAAAAGCAGCUGAGUUGGCUUAUCAACAGACUGCCAGGUCUUCGAGACCUGCUGCUGUCAGGGUGCUCGUGGAUAGCAGUGUCGGCACUUUGUAGUUCCAGUUGUCCUUUACUCCGAACUCUGGAUGUGCAGUGGGCAGAAGGACUGAAAGACGCACAAAUGAGAGACCUCUUGUCGCCACCCACGGAUAACCGGCCAGGUCAGAUCGACAACCGGAGUAAGCUGCGGAACAUCGUUGAGCUGCGCUUGGCCGGCCUGGAUAUUACCGACGCGUCUUUGCGGCUGAUCAUACGGCACAUGCCGCUGCUCUCCAAACUCAAUCUCAGUUACUGUAAUCACGUGACAGAUCAGUCCAUUAACCUGCUGACCGCGGUCGGAACCACCACGCGGGAUUCGUUAACGGAAAUUAAUUUAUCAGACUGCAAUAAGGUUACUGACCAGUGCCUGUCUUACUUCAAACGCUGCGGAAACAUCUGCCAGAUCGACCUGAGGUACUGCAAGCAGGUGACGAAGGAGGGCUGCGAGCAGUUCAUCGCGGAAAUGUCAGUAAGUGUUCAGUUCGGGCAAGUGGAGGAAAAACUUCUGCAAAAACUGAGUUAGUUAAAGGACACCUGUAAAUACUGGGGCGGGGGGGAAGGGACUAAGAACACGUAGGGAUUUUAUUUUCAAUUGGGAACUUGGAAUAUUGGAAAAAUACGGCGAUUGGAUUUUACAACUCUUGUCGAGAACAACAUGAAACCACCCGUGUUAGGAAUCUCAACUUGUGCCACUAAUUCCGUCUGCCUGGGGUGUCUGCACUGGCCCUUGCGCACGUUCGUAAGGCGACUGUUACUGGUGAGAAUUGUUCACGCCCGGAAGACGACUGAUCUCCAAGAAAUCCUGUUAUUUAACGUACCACAGCAUGUGCUUGGUAGUGUACAUUUGAUUUCUGCUUUUCAUUUCUUAAAACACCACCGCCACAACAGCCGGUGUCAUUAGGAGUGGACCACGCCCUGCAUUUCUGCCUUCUUAACACGUUUGUUUCGUUACAUCUUACAUUAUGCAGAACUAUUUUUGUACAAAAAUUGUUUAAAAAUUAUUUAUGCAAUGUUUGAAUGCAUUUACCAGUGUUUCGGUUUCGAUUGCCAAUUUUUAUCUUUACUUAUGGUAGGCGAGAACUUAACCUAUACUUCGUAGACAGUAUCUAUCUACCAACGUGCCCAGGUCAGGAAAAGUAGGUAAAUACUUUCACCUUCAAGCAUGUUUUAAUGGAAGUUUAUAUCCUGCUUUGUAUACUUCAGAAGUGACAUAAGCAUGUUGUGGAAAUAAGGUGUAAAUUAUAGUUGAAGUAAAACACUUUGCCAAGUUUUAUCUGUAUAGAAAUCACCUUUUUUCUCAAAAUUUAAAAA